AUGGCCGGCUCGGCAGACUCUCCUGGCUCGCUGACUGCGACACACAUCUCAUGGAUCCUCCUUCUCAUCUACUACUCCCGGUCACGGUCCACUACGCCUGCUCAGGGACGGGAGAUUCUCGGUAUAGUCACACAGACUGGCCUCGAAGAGGAGGCACUGGUGGUGAGGCUACUCAUCUACCUCGUCAGAUGCUGGGACGGCGUCAAGCCUCCGCCGUCUUCUCUGGAUCAGCUCUGCCAUACGCUCCGAGCUUGUCUGCUCUCUGCCCCUGACUCGGACUCCACCCAUCACCUUGCACAGGUCGAAUGUCUCAUCGGGUGGCUCAGAGCACAGUGGGCACAGGCAUUGGAAACGGCUGGUGCUCGCUCCUACCCCAGCUUCACUCCCUGGCUUCAUGGGGUAUUCGAGACUUCGAUUCAGUAUCUCGUUGCUAUGGAGGAGGAGGGCAUACCAGACAUGACGGACAGGAAGAUUGACAAGAGGUCACCGUUGGGCAUCGCCGUGAGAAGAAUGGCGCUGGCUUACGACGAUCUCGAUAAGAUCAGUCAGAUCAAAGUGCUCGAAAGAAAUGCUAGAGCUUGGUGCAGAGGAGACGCAGACGCCCAGUUCUCGAAGGCAGAAGCCUCUGGCUCCGGAGACAUCUCUUUGCCCACCCGUAUGCAGGUCUUCGAUGAAUACCAACGAGCUCGACAUCGUGGAGACUACUCGGCAACAAAAGAGCAGCUACACCGCUUUUUCGACUAUGCGCCUCCCGCAGGCCCCAGAGGCGCCAUCCUUGCACAACGAUCGAAGCUACAUCAUCACGCUUUGCUCAAUCUUGCAGGCUUCCAAAUCGAAAUGGAGGAAUGGGCCCUGGCGGAAAUGACUCUCAAAGAGGCAAUUACAUUGGCGCGCACAGAAAAAGAUGAACAAUGCCUGAGCAUGUGUAACAGCCUGAAUAGGAGACUUGAAGCAGCAGCGAACCAGCUGGCUACAGAAGAUGGAAGAAGGAUACCUGUCGCUGGCCCUUCCACUCCCUGGAGACCGGCAGAGCGCUCAAUGCAAAGAGGUCGACUGUACGCGGAUGAUCUUUGGGACGCGAGCAGAGCGGCUAGAGAAGGCUCUGACGUGCUACAAAUUACGACCGAAGUUCAGAGGCUCGUGCGUCUGCCCCUUCCUGCCAGUCUGACGAAGCCGCAAGGACCUAGCCCAGUUGUUAAGCCAGGCUCAGCCAUACCCUCUGGAGAUCCCCAACGCACGAUGAUUACACAAGAUGCUGUACGGCCCUGGGCUACGGCAGCCUAUCUCUCAUCGCGCAUGGGCGAUGUGCGAUCCGCCCGGCGCUACAGACGGCUAGCUAGAGAGGAACCAUAUCGCGAUCGGCCCGCCCUACGUGAAGCGGAUGAGCUGGUCAUGCGAUUGCAAGAGGCAUACGCUCUGGCAGAAGAGGGAAAGUAUGACGAUGGUCUCGAGCUGAUGUUGGAUACAAAUCUAUUGAAGCGGAUGUCACUCGCCGACUAUCGCAAAUGGACCAAGGUCAUCUACCAGGUUCUGCAUCUGCGAGCCCGUCGUGCGGGAGCGUUACAGGCUGCAAGGCGGAUCUCAGUGCUGGCCUGUGGGAAGGAAGAGAUGCCUGAGGGCGAGGAAGGAAUCGAUCAGCAUCUCCUGUCGCUCUACGCAGUGGGAAGGGCCUUUGCUGAUGCGAAUGAAGGCCCUCGAGCAAUGGAACCGCUGUUACAGCUGUUGCAAGACGCGCGAGACUGUAGUCAUCUUGUCUUGUACCGAAGGGGGACGGUGCUCCUGGCGCGGGUCCUGGCGGUGAACAUGGGCCUGGAAAAGGUGGGAUGCGAGAUGAUGGACGACGUUAUGCCCGAGCUUCUCGCUGAUCACAACCUGGAGCGAAGGGCAGAGAGCAGCUACGCUUACGCGCGUGUCCUACUGGCCGCUUCGCCAAGAAAGACUGCCCCGGAGGCCCAUCUGGCCAAGAGGGCCAUAUCUUGGCUGCUGAGCGCUCGGUCAGAUCUGCAGAAGGUAGCCGAAGCGCCGCCGGCCCUACUGCCGGUAUUGAAUUUGCUAGCAAGGCUCUAUCACAUCCUGGAUGACAUCACUCGCCGAGACGAGGUCAGCGAAGAAUAUCUCGAUGUGAAGAGCAAGAUCGAUGUCCUACAGUCGGGGCGCGGUGGAGAUGUCCGCGCAGUCAAGGAAGCAGCAGCAAAGACGGAUACGACGGUCCUUAGAAGCGGCGAAAGUGCCGGACCUCUACCAGAAGCAGAGGACUUGCGGGAUGGGGAUGACAAUGCGAUCUGCCUGCCAUUGUGGGAAGAGCUGAUCGCAACAGUCGGAGCAAAGAUUGCCGCCGACGCCUAG